CUCACCCUGAGUCAGCCCGCCCGGGCGCUUCCACUCCCGGGGCCGCGGCCAGCGCCGGCGGAGGGGCGCCCCCCAGCGGAGACCCGUGAUCGCGCGGGUCGCGGGCGCCGGGGGAGCGGGGCGURUGCGGGUGGAGACCGCGGGGACCGGCCGGACCACUGCGGGCCCGGGGGAGGCGCCUGCCUGCGGCCCCCACCGGCGGCGCUGAGUGGUACGGCCCGGCCGGAGGUGAGGCCCGGGAGGCGGCUGGGCUAGCGGCGACCGCGCGAUGGGGCUGCGCGCUGGCGGCAGGACCGGCGCCAGCCGGGGGGCGCCCGAGGGUCCCGGGUCGGGCGGCGGCGCGCAGGGCGGCAGCAUCCACUCGGGCUGCAUCGCUGCGGUGCACAACGUGCCGCUGAGCGUGCUCAUCCGUCCACUGCCGUCGGUGCUGGACCCGGCCAAGGUGCAGAGCCUGGUGGACACGAUCCGGGAGGACCCGGACAGCGUGCCCCCCAUCGACGUCCUCUGGAUCAAAGGGGCCCAGGGGGGCAACUACUUCUACUCCUUCGGGGGCUGCCACCGCUAUGCCGCCUACCAGCAGCUGCAGCGCGAGACCAUCCCUGCCAAGCUGGUCCAGUCCACCCUCUCGGACCUGCGGGUGUACCUGGGGGCCUCCACUCCCGACCUGCAGUAGCAGCCUCCUCCCACCCCAGGAGCCCAGAAUUCCAUCAGGCCCAGCAGGCGGGGCCACGCAGAGGGCAGAGGGCGCAGCAGGGAUGUGUGUGGCUUCUUUGUGCCUGGGGGGACCGUCUGACUCUGGCUCUGCCUUUGCUGAUGGCCAGGCCUUGGACUCAGGCAGAACAGGGUGGGAGCCCCAGUUGUCACCUCUGAAAGUAUGACCGUGGCCUUAUCCUCCAAGGACUGUUGAAGAUGAAAGGAGAAAAGAGAUGGACUUGGAGAGCUUCGAGCUGCUGGGCUCCAGAGUCCCAAGGACAAGGCCCUUCUCAGACUCUUCAUGACACCUUGCUCUGUGAUUACAUUCGGCUGCAAGUAAAGGAAAGCCCAGGUUCCGGUUAACAAGGAGAAGUUUAUUUUUCCACACAGCACGAAUUCUGGAGACAAAUGGCCCAAAUGGUGUCUUCAACAGCGCAGUGAAAGCAGGGCUUAUGUCUCUGUGAUCCUUUUGCCCUGUCCUCCUUGUUUGCUACUUCAUGGUCACAAGAUGGCUGCUGUGUCUCCAGGAAUCAUGUCUGUCUUUAAGGGAGAGGUGCUGCUAAAGAGGAAGGGACAGGUCACCUGGGCUGUCAACUUCUACCAGAAAGUAAAACCUCUUCCAGAGGCUUGGGUCCUGCCUGCCCUCUCCCCUGCAUCUAUCUGCUUAGGGUCUCCUGGGCCGGCCGUACGUAACUGCAAAGAAAGGUAAGGCAGCAGGGAACAGAACUGUCAUGGUUGAGCACACCAGUCAUGUCCCAUCUUCUGAGACCGGCAUGUUGCCUGCUGAAAUAAAAUUGGGAUGCCAGGAGAGAGGAGGAGCAGGGUAUUGGUGAGACUUCACUGUGUCAGAAGCCUUCCRUCCUCAGCAGCCCAAAAGUUAUUUCUUUACGCAUAAUUCUGUGGGUUGGCAACUUGGGCUGGGCAGCUCUGGGGUCCUGCCUGGGGCUGUCCUCAGCUGUCACCUAAGCCGGGGCUGGAUGGGCUGGGUUAGCCCUACUUGCUUGUCAGGCAGAUGACUGGCUGUUGGCCGGGGUAGCUUGAUUCCAUUUCAACAGGCUAACUCAGGCUUGUUCACCAGAUUUUGGCCUCCAGAUUCCAAAACAGUGAGAACUAGAACUUCUAGAACUCUAGAUUAGGGACUGUGACAGUGUCACUUCUAGGUUCUUUUGAUCAGAGCAAAUCGCAAGUCUUUGUCCAGAGUCAAAGGAUAGAAACCACUACCCCUCUCCUGGCUGCCGGGAACUCAGAGAACUUGGGGCCAUUGUUCCUCUAUCACAAAUAGGUGUCAAAUAACUCCUCCUUCUCUCUCUCUCUCUCUGUCUCCCCACACACACCUUGGCCAGUCUUAUGUCACUAAGACGAUGUCCUGGUCCUCAAAGUCUAGGGGACGAGGUGAUAAGGCAGAAUCUGGGUCUCCAAGGGCCAGAUCCACUCUAGUAUGGGCAUCUCGUCAGCAUGGGUGAGAUGAGAUUGGCCACGUGGAACAUUCCAGAAGAAUUCCAGAAGUUUGCAGAGUGAGGUGGGGCUUGCUCUCGCUGGCCUUAGGCAACUCAGCCACUUGGCAACUCCAAGCCUCAGUUUCCCCAGCUCAGUAGUGAGGACAACAGCUUUCCCCAUCCAUUGGGGAAUAGGAUUGGAAAGGUACAGAAUGCAGUAUGGCAUCCUGGAUUAGAUCUUGGAACAACGAUGACAACCCAAAACAAAAGACAUUAGCAGAACAGCUGGGAAUCUGAUGAUAAAGUCUGGAUGUUAGUUAAUACUAUACCAAUGUCGGCCUUGGUUUUGGCAAAUGUACUGUGGUCAUCCGAGAAGUCAGUUUAUUGUGAAGCUGUUGGGGCGAGCUGGGUGGAGAGGGUGGGAUCUCUUUGCACUAUCUC